AAAAAAUUCUGAUAUUUCUUUCAAAAAUGAUUACGGGUGCUGCAUAUAGGUAUUUAUUUAUACUGAAAAGUGUAAAUUCUGGUGAAAAAAGUAAAAUGAUUAAUUGGUCUAAGAUGAGUUACCUAGCUGGCUAAGUCGUUGUAUAACAAGUAACUUAAUGUUGCAUUAUUUGGAAAAAAAAGUGUCACCUAAAAAAAUAAAUUCUGUAUUUCUUAAUGGUUCACAAUGAUAAAAACAGAAGAUAACGCAUGCCAGCCAUCUAGAAUGUUCUACCAUAGUAUGGUAUGGCGUUACUUUGUACGCCGAUGCUGUACUUUUCAAUUUUGCACUAGUUUUCCGUGACAGGACUUCUUAUCGCUCAUGGCUGAAGUUUGCAACAUCCAUCGCUCUACAUCGUCUCCACCUGUGCCCAUGGGUGACUUCACCUGGAACAGCAUGUCCGGGCGGAGCGUCCGUCUGAAACCCGUGGCCAUCCAGAGCCUGUCGGAACUGGAGCGAGCUCGCCUUCAGGAGGUGGCCCUCGGCCGCCUGCUCCAGGACUAUGACCUGGGCUGUCAGAUCACCAUCCCCAAAGAUGGGCACAAACGCAAGAAGUCGCUCAGGCGGAAGCUGGAUUCACUAUCCAAGGAGAAGAAUAAAGACAAAGAGUUCAUCCCCCAGGCUUUCGGCAUGCCGUUGUCGCAGGUGAUCGCCAACGACCGCGCCAUCAAGCAGCGGCUGGAGUCGGCCAGGGAAGGGCACAGGGACGCGAGCGACCUGGUCUCCUCCAUCCUGCAGUUUGCCACCAAGCGCUCCAACAAGGAGCUGUCCAGCAGCAACUCGUCCCUCAGCUCGACCUCAGAGACGCCCAACGAGGUGACCUCACCCAACACGCCCGAAGUAGCCCCGCGGGCCCGGAGACGGGGCGCCGUGUCUGUGGACUCCAUCACUGAUCUGGAUGACAAUCAUUCCCGCCUUCUGGAGGCGCUGCAGCUCUCGCUGCCGGCAGAGGCGCCGAGCAAGAAGGAGAAACAGCGGGACAAGAAGCUUAGCCUGAACCCCAUUUACAGACAGGUGCCCCGGCUGGUGGACAGCUGCUGUCAGCACCUGGAGAAGUACGGUCUCCAAACAGUUGGAAUUUUCCGAGUUGGGAGCUCUAAGAAGAGAGUACGUCAGCUCCGGGAGGAGUUCGACCGCGGCGCUGACGUCCGGCUCGAUGAGGAACACAGCGUCCAUGACGUGGCGGCUCUUCUCAAGGAGUUCCUGAGGGACAUGCCCGACCCGCUGCUCACCAGGGAGCUGUACGCGGCCUUCGUCAGUACCAUGUCGCUGAGUCACGAGGAGCAACAUGGUGUCUUGCAGCUGCUCAUCUACCUGCUGCCGCCCUGCAACAGCGACACGCUCCAGCGGCUGCUGCGAUUCUUGUCAACGGUGGCCGCCCAUGCCCCCGACGCCCAGGGCAAGGACGGCCAAGAGGUCACAGGGAACAAGAUGACAUCUCUGAACUUGGCCACCAUCUUCGGGCCCAACCUCCUGCACAAGACAAAGAUCUCCGACAAAGAGUUCUCGGUGCAGAGCUCAGCUCGGGCAGAAGAGAGCACGGCCAUCAUCGGCGUCGUCCAGAAGAUGAUUGCCGAAUGCGAGGACCUCUUUCUGGUGCCCCCUGACCUACAGAACGAGGUGCUGAUGAGCCUUCUGGAGACAGACCCCGAUGUGGUGGACUACCUUUUGCGGAGGAAGGCCUCGCAGUGGUCGAACACAGACAUGACCCGGUCUGAUGACCGCAUCUCCCUGGAUGAGCGCCACUUCUCCAGCGACUCCAACAAGGCCUCCAGCGGUGACGUCUCGCCUUACGACAACAACUCCCCGGUGCUGCCGGACCGUCUGCUGCCUCAGCCGGAGAAGGUCCCCCGUGUCCCCGAGCAGAGCGCCCUUGUGGGGGACAACAGGGGCCGAUGCAGAGAGCCCUGGUCCCCCCAGUCGAGCUCCAGAGAGACGACCGACAGACACACGCAGCUGUGGGGGGCCUGGCACGCCACGCUGAAGUCGGGGCUACAGGAUCAGUCACACACCGGCUCUUGUGGAAACCUGUCCAGGUGUGGCACCCAGGGCUCGGGGGAGGGGCUGGACAAUCACCUCGGGAAAAGGAAGGUGAAGCCGCACCCCCUAAGCCACACCUCCACGCCCCCGGCCUCAUGCUCCAACAAAAUUUGUCAGGGCGAGGAGGGGCAGCGGCGGCCCCGCCAGAGCCUGGAUUCCCUUGCCGUCCGACCGGAGGGAGGGUCAGCGUCCACGGAGGACCCGCGCCCUGGCCCCCCCUACAGGUUCGCAACGGCGGACAGAAUCGACAACCGGCCUCCCCCUCCCUACCCGGGCCCUCCUCGGACCUCCCUCUCCACCCCUCCCCCACCUCCCGCGUACCGGCCGAUGUCGCCUGCGUCACCGAGGCUCAAGUGUGCUCUGCAGCGGCCGCGAGGAAGUUCUGACCCCCAGAGACUCCGCCCCCUUUCUCCCGCAAAAUCCACGGACACCGUGAGCCCCUCCAGCCUGAACUGGCAGGACUGGCAGAGGGAGAGGUGGCAGAUCUGGCAGCUCCUAUCUUCAGACAGCUCGGACGCCCUACCCGAAACGCUGGUCUGACCCGUGCGCCACGGCGCCCUCUCGUGGUGGGAUGUAACAUACUUACACGUUCGUGUUGGUGUCUCCACAUCCUGUUGUUUAGCUAUUUUAUUAAUGUAUUUUUUUUUUUACUAAAAAUAUCCUUUUCUAUGAGGGAUACCUCAAAAGAAUCACAGUGUUUUGUCCUUGAGUACCAUGAAAGUUUUCAAAAGUUUGGUCACAGUGGUAAAGUUGGAAGUUUACCUUGAUGAAAACACGUUUUUCUAUUACUUAUGUAACCACAACGUUCUGAGUUGAAGAGGGGGGGCUAACAAAGUGAAAUUAUUAAGUAUUAGGAAUGAUGGGACCAAGAGUUUCUUUCCUGUAACAGUUAAAAUGUCGUUACACAGUUGCACUAGUACACUGACGUUCAUAAUUAAAAUUAACCAGCAUCAUACAAAAUCUUCCGCACAAUUCGGAUACUUAAAUGUACCGGCAGUUAUUUUGAUUUAGGAGGAACACGGACCACUGAGUUUUACAUCUGCCUUAAGGUCACGUUUCCCAAGUGCCAGCAGCUUUUUUAUUCCUACCGUUCCUUUCGAUGAUAUAAGGAAAUUGUGUUUUUGCCGUUUUAUUUAUUUUAAAUAUUUAUUUUGUCGGUCGUUUAUAGUUGGAGGAUAGAAUCA